GAAAAUGGGAAGCUCCAGGGUGUUAAUGGAGCCACAUGCUGUCAUCACCCUGAUUGUAAGGUUCCCUUUCACCACAUCUUAUCAGGAAUGAACGAUUCAAAUCAAUCAACACUCAAAACUGAUAUGGGCUUACACCAUGAUUGCACGCAGAUAAGGCCAUUGCUGAUUUCGUACUGAAAAAAAGAAAGUUUCUUGAUUCUGCAGAAUCAUAGUUGCACUUACUUCAACACUUGGAACAAAAAGAAGCUCAUUUGGCAGUGACACUGCAUUAAUCAGGUUUAGGAAUAAAGAUUUAUAUUUGGCCGGUCUUAUUGACAAGGCCAAACCAUUGCAAAUUUCUAAGAUGGAUAAGCCAUUGGAGGUGGAGAUAAAGGGCACCACAGAAAUGAUCAAGCCAUCUUCUCCAACUCCCGAUCAUCUGAGAAACUUUAACCUCUCCCUUCUUGAUCAAAUUGUGCCUGUGGAAUACACAGCUGUGGUUCUUUUCUACACGGGCAAUGGGGAUGUUAAUAAUGCCGCAAAAAAAUCUCAACGUUUGAAGACUUCAUUAUCACGGACUCUCUCGAGCUUUUAUCCAUAUGCUGGGCGCAUUAAAGAUCAUAAGACGGUGGAAUGUAAUGACAAUGGAGCUGUAUUCGUUGAAGCUUAUGCAGAUUGUUGUUUAUCUGAUAUUCUUCAUAAACCUGAUCAAAAGUUUUUAAGAAAAUUCCUUCCGACUGAGAUUGAAUCUCCAAAAGCUGGCACAGGCCCGCUGCUUCUUGUUCAAGCAACUUUUUUCAAAUGUGGCGGAGUUGCUCUUGGAAAUUGCCUUUCACACAAAAUGGCAGAUGGAAAUACAACAGGUUUCUUCCUCACUAGCUGGGGUGCAAAUUCUCGCGGGUCUAAUAAGGCGUUGAUUCCUCUAUUCAUUGCAGCUUCUGGGCUUUUUCCACCUGAUCAUUCUUUGGCUCCUUACAUGGAUGUAAUCGGUUCUAAUUUUGUAACCAAGAGGUUUGUUUUAUAUGAAUCAAAGAUUGCAGCCCUUAGGGCUAAAGUUUCCAGUGCAAAUGUCCCUAAACCAACCCGUGUAGAAGCUGUAACAGCGCUCAUUUGGAAAUGUGUAACCACCGCCGCUAGGGCCAACCGGGGAUUUCCAAGGGUAUCUCAAACAUCACACUCUAUGAAUUUACGAAAAAUGGUGGUGCCGCCAUUGCCGAAUUAUGCAGCAGGUAAUAUUAUAGGGGACUUUCUGGCUCAAACAAAAGACAAGAAGCUAGAUUUAGAAGACUUGGUUUUAAAAUUAAGGAAAGGAAAGGAAGAAUUUCGUAAAAAGGGUCUUCAAAUUCUUCUAAAGAACAAAAGUCUGACAAACCCAGAAGAGUUAAGCAACGAAGUGGAAAAUGAACAUAAAGAUUUCUAUAUGUUCUCAGAUAUUAGUAGAUUUCCUGCAUACGAAAUAGAUUAUGGAUGGGGACGACCGUUAUGGGUGAGCGUUCCAAAUUACAGGCAUAAUAUGGUUAUGCUGGUGUCCACCAGCGAUGGCCUAGGGUUAGAAGCGUUGGUGACUUUGUGUCAAGAAGACAUGGCUUUGUUUGAACAUGAUCCAGAGCUGCUUGCAUUUGCAGAUUACAAUCCAAGUGCCUUGUCAGUACCAAAUCACUUAGGGUUUGUUUCACGUCUUUAGGAAUGAAGAUUAAUUAGCAAUUUCUUAAUUUCUGGCUGUUGGUUGAUCUUGACAUGGAUUAGUAAUUCUAUUUGAUUUUGAAUAAUGCUACAUGCACCCAUAUUUGAGUACCCAAUUGGUUAU